UCCUGAUAUAGGUUUCUUCUCUUCAGGACCCAAAAUUGUGAACAAACAAAACUGCCUAUAUGACAGCACCAGAACGAUCACAACCAGAAGUGCCAUCAAUCAACCUCGAGGAGUACUCUGCAUCAAAGACUCUGAUUCCUUUUGACCAACCAGUCCCUCUACUUCGAGGUCCCAUCAAGGCUGGCUCACAAGAAGAAACAGCUGGUCGAUUCAUCCUCGCAUUUAAAGACCCUAUCUCCUGGGCCUCUGCAUACAAGGCUUGUGAGUCUCAAGUCACUCAACAAUGUGAAUCUGGAGCUAGGAUUGGUUGCUCUAUCGCAGCCUCAGACAAAUGUAAAACUCCUUGGUGGAAAUCAUUCACUGGCAGUGCUUCCAAUCAAGACUUUGCAGAGAGGGCGAGAUGUGAAGAACGUGAAAUGGAGGCUUGCCUUGAAGCAGCAAAGGGGAAGUGCCAUGAAUUUGCAAAGCAGAAGUGCUUCCCAGCAUUUCGUGAUGCAAGGAUUGCUGUAAAAGGAUUGAGUCCCAAGGUGAACAAAAAAGAGUUAUCCAGGCUAAUUUCUUGGUUGAACUUAGGGGAGAAUUGUCAGAUAGCUGAUCUUUGGAGAUUAGAGAGGCCUUGGCUCGAGUUUAAGGCACAACUAGAAGUGUCUUAUUGCAAUGGGAGUGAUAUAGUAGGUUCAGAUGACUCACAAAAUUAUGAAUAUUUGAGAACUAAUGUUGAGUAG